AUGAGCCAAGAGCGGCAAAAGCCAGUUAGAAGAUCUGCUACAGAAUACAGACUGUCUAUAACGAGCAAUCCUGAGUCCAGAAGGUCUUCUCUUGGUGGUACAUUAGAUGGUGGAUCUGGUUCUAGUGGAAAAAACAACCGCUUAGGUGGGGGUGCAGGUACAAUUGACGACGGAGAAUCCAUAGUACAAGAGUUUAUUUUACCACAGAUUAGAGAGUUUAGCGAUUCUAUGAUUACCCUAGAUGCCAAUUUUACACAGUUAAAUUUCAUCCAUGAGAGUUUGGUGGAUUUGAACGAAUCAUUGGGGGCUCUCCUAUAUGGAUUGAUGUGCAAUUCGUGGUGCGUAGAUUUUCCCCAUGUCUCUCACGAUAUCGAAGAAGAAUUACAAACUACCAAGCGGUUAGAAGGUAUUAGAAAAGAGAGGAAGUCACUUUUGGAUCAAUUGAAUACCUACAGGAACAAAUCCAAGAGUAACGAUUUACAGGAACAGCCAAAAUUACUUCCACAGGCGCCCCUAAAAGCACCACCACCACCACCACCACAAGCCCGAAGGAAUUCAUCCGUAUUUGCACCCCCUCCUUCAAGAUUACCUCGACAGAAAACAUAUGGGCCCAUUGAACAAGAUAGCGAAGAUGAGAAUGCAAGCGAGGCCUCAUUUGUGUCUAAUCCAAUGAUAAACGGUCUUUCUCGUCAUGAAAUAUCCAAGCCGCGACCUAGUAAUGCUAGUAAACUACGAAGAAAAUCCAUUUUACACACCAUACGCAAUAGCAUUUCUUCCACGGAUCUAGAAAACAAUGAAUUCGGCUCCUCUCGUAGAUCUCAAGGACCAAGAAUGUCACUGGGAGGAGGGGCUACUAGACUCAUUAGUAAUAAUAAUUCUCAAAAUUCACCGUCAAAUAGAAGAUCUUUGGACUCAAGAAACGGUGAAGGUUCGCAGUUACGACAAAGCAGGAGAACAUACAGUGGUAGGCCACCAUUUCGGUAA